AUGUUGAAUGCUCUAGGGAAGGAAGUGAACUCCUUAAUAUCAAGACCUUUGAUAAGACAUGGGUCAAGAAAAAUCAAACAUAAGGUACCUGAAAAAAUACCUGUUCAAUUAUUGAAAAAUCAUCCAACAGUGGGCCUACAAGGGGAAAUAGUGAGAGUCAGACCAGCAUUCAUGAGAAACUAUUUGCACAGAGAUAAUGGUGCUUGUUAUCUUACCAAGGACCAAGGACCACGUAUUCCAGUUGCUGAAAAAUCCAGACAAAAGGAAAGAAAGCCAGUAGUAGAAGCCAAGAUCGACGCCAACACAGUCGAACAAGCGGAGAGCCAAAAUGAUGAUGGAAAUACUGGAGCAAUGUCUUUGGACGAAUUAUCGAACUUAUUUAACACCAUGAAGAGUGGUAGAAGGUCUAAACAAGGUGCUGAGGCCGACGAACUGAAGCAAGCUUUCGAAGCAAGCACCCAGGAAAUUGCAUACACCGCAUCAGAAUUACAACAAGCUAUUCCAAGGGUACACACUAUUUUGUUGAAUGACACUGUCAAGCUUCCUAUUGAUAAGUCUUAUGUGGCAUCUUUAAUCUACGACAUGGCUGGGGUUCAAAUCCCACAUGCCUCCAUUAAGUUGAGCACUAUCGCUAAUAGUAGGGCAUUGCUCAAUGAAAUCAGUGCUGUUGGUGAUUAUAUGAUGACUUUAGAUGUUCCAGGUGACAGAAACGGUGUUCAGAGAACACUCAGAAUUCAAUAG